ACACAGUCCUGAAUGAACGCGCGCGCGCCAUGUACUAAUGUAUGAUUGUUACCAGACGGUUACCUACGGGAGAUAAUAUGAGCAUGAUUUCGCUUAUUCCGUCGUGACCUCUGGUGGUUCCAAUGUAUCUAAAUGUGGAAUAAAAACGGACUUUAACUAUAUUAUUUAAACAGAGGCAGGAUGGGUCCUAAUGAUGAGAAGACCACGUGUAUUUACACCCUGUCCGCGGAUAAGGCUUUACCUGAGGACAAUGGUAUCUGGAAAUGUGAGGUGACCAACAGUCACGGUGUAACGUCCGCAACAUGCACAGUCAGGGUGUUAGACACAGAUAGUGUUGAAGAAGACUCAAGAGAAACGAGUUUGCCUCGUUUUGUUGAGACGCUAGAAAAUGUUGUUGCCACUGAGGAUACAGACACUGUCUUUCGUUGUAAGACCAAUCCAGACGCCGAGGUUUUCGAUGUUAAAUGGUAUCGCAAUGAUAUUCCUAUUGAAGGCUCGAAACCGGGAAUGGAAAGGUAUUACAUUUCGUCAGAAGAAGGGGUCCAACAACUAGAAAUAAGGAGGACUAGACCAAGAGAUGUCGGGGUCUAUAAAUGUAAAAUUUACAACAAAAUGGGAUGGACGUCUUGUGAUGCAAAAUUGUUCGUUGGAGAUCAGUCCGGUAAUAUGGAGCUUGUGAAAUAUACACGCGAAUAUGAGUAUACCCUCGUAGACUCGAUAAAAUCCCGGAAAGCACUCGAGGUUUAUGAUCGAGGCUUCAAUGAAGCUGACAUUCUCCUUAGUUCAAUAAGUGAUACGGACACGAUGAAGAAAUUCCUAAUCAAAUGGCAGAACGACAGAGACCAAACACUGUGUUUUCCCAUUCAUUUGAAGAAUAAGUGCGCAGUAGAAGGAAGCUUGACCGUUCUAAGCUGUUUAAUGCAAGGCAAGCAUCCUUCCGACGUAAGAUGGUACAAAAAUAACAUAGAAAUAUUCGACAGCUUUAAAUAUUACAUUAAGUGCCUGCAAGGUGUUUUAAGUCUGACGAUUCCAAAUACCGAGACAACAGACACCGGAAACUACACAUGCGUAGUUAAAAAUAGACAAGGAAAGAUCUAUUCUUCAUGUUACCUGCAAGUUGAACCUGCCUUGGAAUUUACAAAUGAAGUACCAGUGAAGCCAAUGUUUGUCAAGCCGUUAAAGAGAUUGACAGUAAACGAGGGGGAACUUAUCAACUUUCGUGUGACAGCUAAAGGUUUUCCACCACCAGGCUUUAAAUGGUUCAAAGACGGUUUGGAAAUCCACGACAGUGAUCGUAUUAAAACGGAAGUAUUUCCAAAAGGUGUGGCCGAGUUGACGAUUAUCAACUCGACCGUGCGGGAUAUUGGUCUGUACACAUGUGAAGCUCAUAACAUGGCAGGGCGAGCUCAGAGCAUGGUCAGGGUCAGCGUUAGAGACAAAUUUGAACAGGAACUGUGGAAAGGACGGGAUUUAGAUGGUGUGAUAGUGGAGACCGAUGCUAAAGGUGAAGUAAACGGUGUUAUAGAAACAACUGAACAAGAGAGAACUCCAGUCUAUACCCAGCAUGUAGAGAGCAAGUUGUUCGAUCGUGUCCCUGAUUUUACAAUGCGUUUACCAACAUUCCUGCCAAUCCACAGUAAACAACGCUUCCUGUUGGAGAUCCGGUGCAAUGGAAAUCCAAAACCAUAUGUUCGCUGGUACAAAGAUGGAAUGCAGUUGUUUGAUGAGAAUCGUUACAACAUAUUAUCAGUGGGUGACUGGUUCGGACUGGAGAUUGCCAGUGCAAGACCCAACGAUGCUGGUACAUACACAGUGAAGCUUGAAAACGAUGCUGGACAGUUGGAGUGCUCAUGCAAAGCUGAAAUGCAGCUUCCGGUGUCUACGGAAGUUAGCUUCGAGACAGAUAUGGAUACAGUGGAAGAUCUUUCAUUGGUAAUCGCUGGUCUUGCAGCUCCUAGAACAGAACUUGAGGGAAAUACAUUCAACAUUGCUCAGUUAGUUCCCAGUUUCCAUUUGUGCAAUACUGAAGCUGAUUGGACAACAAUGAUAGAGAAAGAGGUUGAGGUUAUUGAUGCCGACGAAGCACCAAGUUUUCCCCACGCCCUGCCGGAGAAAUUGACCCCACACGAAAACGACGAACACGUUCAUCUUGAAUGUCAAGUUAGAGGAGAACCUAUACCCAAGAUAGUAUGGUUGAAAGAUGGAAAUGAUCUUGAAGAAGGGCCAAACAUCAGUUGGAGUAUGGAUCCCAAAACCAGAAUAGCAUCGCUGAUGAUCGAGAAAGCAACUUUAACGGAUUCCGGACAUUAUUCAUGCGUCGCAUAUUCUGAAUCCGGCGGACAUGCGUCUACGUCAGCCGAUAUCCAAGUACUAUGUGUUGAUACUGGGAACGAGGACUCUCCUGAUGGUGCGAAGAAGACUGUACCAGAGUUCAAGGUCAAAUUGAGCGACAAGGAGACGACGGAAGGGGAAGACGUAAAACUUGAAUGUGUUGCUGAAGGAUUUCCAGCACCCAAAGUAAAAUGGUACAAGAACGACGUACCCAUCAAACCAACGAUUGGAAAAUACACAAUAACGAGUAGCAUUGAAGGUUCCCAUUCACUCAUAAUCGCCAGCAUGCACAUGUCAGACAGCGAUUGUUACAGGUGCGAGGCUGUAAAUGAAUGUGGAUCCGAGGCUACGACAGCUCAUAUUGUUGUACAAGAACCAUGUUUUGUGGGAAAGGAUGAGGGAGAAUCGCCUUGCUUUGAAGGUCCUCUGCAUAAUGUAAACAUAGAAGCUGGUCAGACAGCCACAAUCAACUGUGUUGCAAAAGGAACACCGACUCCCUCCUUAUCUUGGUUAAAAGACGGAAUAAUGUUAGCCAGUGAGGGUAGAGUUAGCGUUGAUUCCGAUGAAGGCAAAGGAAUGUUAACCAUAACAGACACUACAGUAGACGAUACAGGGGUAUAUAUCUGCAUAGCAGAGAACGCUCUAGGAAAAGCGGAGUCAUGUGCUUCUAUUAAAAUAAACGAACAAACUGUUCAAACUAAAGAUACAACGGACAGCGUCACGGCUGAAAAAACAGAAGACAUUACAGGCAAGCAGGUGGAAGGUCAAAUGAAUGAAAAUCAAAAUACAAAUGAAAAAAUACCAGAAAGUUGCGAAGUACAGGAAAUACAUCAAGAAACUGUGACAGAAAUAGACUCAAAAACAUCGACUUUAAUAAAAGAAGAGACGACCACAAUGGUCAAGAAAGAAUCAAUGGAAAGUUCUACAAUGAGUUUAUUUACUGACUAUAAAAAGCGUCCAAGGUUUGUUAUUCCCCCAUUAUCGCAAUGGUCCAUGAAGGAUACUCCUUUAAAGAUAGAGGUUGAGAUAACAAAGAGCCCCGAUAUGAAGGUCAAUUGGUAUCAUGACGAUACUCUUGUUGUUCCUGGAGAUCGCUUUAAAAUCCAAGUCCAGGAUGGAGAAAGAUGAGAAAAACAACGAUUAGCAAACUUUUAGAAUUUAGACAGAAACUUGAUUUUUUCAUUUCAAGUCACCUGGUAUAGAUCUCCGAAUUCAACAUUCAUCUUGAAGUAUAGCAAAUAAUCUGUUUGAUUCAUCAUUACCUUGUGGGGUUCAUUUGAUUUACCUGAAACUUUGAAUUCGGAUUCAGAAUCACGUUUCUAUUCCAGCGGUUUAUUUGAACGUACCGAUUAAAUCGAAUUACAACUUGAUUAUGAUUCGAAAUAAAUCUGACUCAAAAGUUGCACGACUGAGUCUAAAAUAUUGACGAGACUGAUCCAAACUGUACUGCGGAAUAAUAAUUUCAACAUAGCUAUUGCAUUUAUUUGCAUUAUCUCUUUGACAGAAAACAGGCAAUAUGUUGCGCAUUUCAGCUGUUAAAUAAUGAUGUUCGAUUAAACAAUGUCAACUUAAGGUAUUGAACUUGAGGAAAGAAAAGCAGUUGCAGUAGUCGCUGCAUACUUCUUGUUUGUAGCCGUUUGAAAUUUAAUAAUUCUCCGAGUAACUUUUCGGAAUCAAGUUUCCGUUUCGGGUAAAUCAAAUGUACUCUUGUCAACCGUUUCGGGUAAAUCAAAGGUACUCUUGUCAACCGUUUCGGUUCCUUCGUAACCUAUAGUUUGUUUUAAUAUCUGCCUUGGUUGGGUAGUAUUCCUAUUUAAUAAUACAAUAUAUGGGUAAGGAGUAUUUAUUUCAGUUCAGCAAAUUUAGUUUAUUUUCUCCAUCGUAUGUACUCGAAUUAACAUCCUUCCUUUAUGCCUUUUUAUGCAGAUGAUGCUGUAGAAGGUAUAGGAAGGUUGAAUCUUAUUGAACAUUGAAUUGAUAUAUUUAAUGUUAAGACCCAUUCCUUGAUAUUAAGUUUUGUUAAAUGUGUUGUUGUUUUUACCAUAAGAUUUUAUGUAUAUAAAUGUUAUGUCGGGCUGUUGAAUAAAAAUAAAAACAAA